GUCCAGCUGUCCCGGCAGCUGCAGGCGGGAGAACGCACGAUGCGGGCGGUUCUUGCCCUGCUUGCUCUGAUCGGUAGCCUGCUCCUCUUCCUGUGCUUGGCGCGGCUCCCAGCCGGGGGCGCCGGGGGCGCAAGCUGGGACAUGGAGGGCAGAGCUGCGACGGACUACACCCCCAGAGUGAUGAGGUACCUCCGAUCCCCCACGAAUGUCCAUGUGGUCACUCCGGUGGCCCCCAACAGAGCAAUUCUUAAUACAGCCAGAGUGCAGAAAUCUGAGCAUGCCUCAAAAUGCAAGGAUAUAUGGAGUAACAAUUGGUCAUCAUCGAUUAAGAAGAAAAGAUAUUCUGAAGAUUAUUAUUUGCAGAUAGUUGGUAAACUACAGAACUGUACCUGGAAUAGAAGGCCACAAGAAUAUGCCAAAUUCAGGGCAGAGCUUGCUUCAUGCUGUGAUGCUGUGCAUAAUUUUAUUGCUUCUCAAAAUAAUACCCCACUGGGAAGCAACAUGAGUUAUGAAGUGGACAAUAAAAAAACCAUCCACAUUACAGAGGACAUAUUCCAGAUGUUGCCAGAGUCUCAGCCUCUGGAUUUUCCCUUCAAGCAGUGUGCAGUUGUUGGAAAUGGAGGAAAUCUCAAGAAUUCCAAUUGUGGAACUGAAAUUGAUAAAUCUGACUUUGUGUUUAGGUGCAAUCUUCCCCCAACCAGCGGAAGUGUCAGUCAAGAUGUUGGCAAUAAGACUGACCUCGUAACCGUGAACCCAAGCAUUAUAGCUCAAAAAUAUAACAAACUGAAUGAUCAGAAGGCCACCUUCCUGAAAAACAUUGCAAGUUAUGGAGAAGCUUUCCUCUUGCUACCCGCUUUUUCCUUUAGAAGCAACACAGCAGCAUCUUUCAAAGUACAUCACACCCUGAGAGAGUUCAGCGCGAAGCAGAAGGCCAUAUUUUUCUAUCCGAAGUAUCUCAAAAAUCUUGCCCAGUUCUGGAGAACUAAGGGUGUCAAAGCCUACCGACUGUCUUCUGGCUUCAUGAUCACCAGCGCAGCAAUGGAACUCUGUGAGAAUGUGAAGCUGUAUGGUUUUUGGCCUUUCUCCAAAAGCAUAGCAGGUAUCGCCAUAAGUCAUCACUACUAUGACAACCAACUUCCAAAGCCAGGUUUCCAUGCCAUGCCCAAAGAGUUUAACCAGAUACUCCAGCUCCAUGGAAGAGGUAUCCUCAAGUUGCAGUUUGGAAAAUGUUUGACAGAGUAGCCCAUGGUAUGUUUUUGCUUCAGAAUGGAGGACACUUCUGUGAAGGCCAUGCAUUCCUAUUUUGAUAGUCGGGAAGACAGUAUAUGAUAAGUGAUGCCAGAAGUGUUGGAUGCUGGAGCUCAAACUGGGUGUAAACAUCUUUCCUCUCUGUCUUUCUGAAACUCUUUCUUUGUGACAGCACAUUUGUUUAUAGAAUUCCCUUCUCUGAUUCUCUCUAUUACACCCACUUGACAUUUCCCAAAAUUAUUGUCCAUAAAGGCCUUUUGAAAUGAGGACACCUGCACAGAAUUACGGUGAGAAACAAAGGGUUGAUUAAGACCAUGGGUUUGUCAUUUUUACUUUCAAUAAAAGAGAAUAUUUAUAGCUCAGGGUUGAACUGUGAAGUCCUUGGUACUCUCUGAGUCUGGUUGUUUUCUUGCAGAUAUUUCAUUAGCCAACUAAAUAAAAUCAUUGGUGACUCAUAUUGAUAAUGUUAUCUAGGCAGGUAAUGAAAUGUUUGCACGCAAAUAACCAGACUUGAAGAGCACUAAGAAUUCCACAUCUUUAUUUUAUUUGAGCAUCUAGUAAUUAAUUAAACAGCAAUGGUUUCAUGUUUUAUAGCGGGGGAGGACAAUCUGUAGCCCAUAAUCACAUGCUAUCCUCAAAACCAGACCUCUAUGACUGAGGUCAACUGCAUAGUUUGUUGUUAGUUAGAGAUAAGAGAUGCAUAAAACUUGUAUAAGAAGCCCUAAAAUAUUUUAACACGGCUUUAAGUUUUUUAAUACCAUCUAAAAACCAGGGAAAAAUAAUAGAUCUUAAUCCUACCCAGGGCUAAAUAAGGCCACUACAUGAUCAUUGUACGUCCAUAUACCUGAAGCUUUUAGCUGCUCCAGAAAUGUUAUUUGAGUUCACCAAUUUAGAGUGCCUCUGACAACAGUGUUAUUACCUGUGAAUUUUCCUGGGCCUAUCCUUACCUAAAAUUAUAAUUUUAAUUUUGCCAUAUGGACAUGAUAAUGCCUUGAA